AUGGAGCGUGUAUUCUCAGUAGACGAUAUUCUCGGCACGUUUUGGAAAGUAGACGCAUCGGGCGAUGCCGCUGCGGCGGCUUCCGCCGCCGCAGCUGCUGCAGCAACCGGCGGAAUGUUCUCCCCUCCCUCUAUGCUCCCCCCCGGCGGGGUCCCCUUCCCCGGCCAUCCGCCCGGUGUGACCGGAGGGGGUGGUGGCGGUAGCGAGCUACAGCGGCCAAUACCGCGUACAGGCUCGUUCCACCGUAUGAACCGCAGCUCCUCGGAAUGGGCAUUUCACGAAUUCGUUAAGGAGCAGGGCUUAACCGGAGUGGGAGCAUUAGGAGCCGCCGCAAUUGGCGGCGGGGGCGCCGCUGGCACGUCCGGUAUGGGUCCGCCUGGAAUGAACCCGUUAAUUCCGGGUCUAAGCCAGGUUUCGAGUCUCGAUAAGCUGCUAGGAGACAGUCCCUCGAAGCUCAACCUCGCGUCGUACUAUCGCGGCUUAGACGGCGGAGCGGAAGGCGCGGGAGGCGCGGCGGGAGUGGGCGCAGGAGCGGGGGCGGGAGCAGGAAGCGGUGAUGGCGCGGGGAAGCCGGGCGGAGACACAAGCGGGGAACAACAGCGGCUUGGGCUCAUCGGGUUGGGGAGGGCCUCUGGGGGGGAGGCGGGAGCAGGGGCGCGGACGGAUACAGAGGGGGGUGCUGCAGCUGGCGGCGACGGCGGCGGCUCAGCGGCCUCGGCUCCUGGGGGGGGUUCGGCAACUGUCGGUGGCGCGGGGUCGGCAUCAGGCUUCUCCCCGCCGUCGGCGGCGCCCACUAUGGCUCUCGCCCCAGGCGGCGCGGCAGCAGUCGCAAGCGGCGGCGGCGGUGCGGGGAGAAGAACAGCAGGCAUAGCCAGCCCUCCUCGUCGUGGCUUUCAGGCCCAUCCGCCCGCUCACAGACCCGCAACCCACGGCGCAACAGGCGCUACAGCACCCGGGGGAGCAGCCAGCGGGGGAAGAGGAGGUGGGGGAGCAGCAGGGGCAGGGUCCGCGCGCGGGCUUUCCUCCCGCGAGGCAUCCGAAGAGCCGCGAUCUGACGGCGAGGGCGCGCGGUCCGAAGGCGAGUACGAGUUAGUGGCGUCCCUAGAGCACCUAACGGACCCGGAGGAGAUUAAGCGGGUGAAGCGCAUGCUGUCGAACCGCGAGUCGGCGCGGCGGUCGCGGCGGCGCAAGCAGGCGCACGUGAGCGACCUGGAGGGGCACGUGCAGCAGCUGCAGGCGGAAAACGCGAGCCUGGCGAGCCGGCUGGGGGAGAUUGGGCGGAAAUACAACGAGGCGGCCGUUGACAACCGCGUGCUGAAAUCCGACGUGGAGGCACUGCGCGCCAAGGUGAAAAUGGCUGAGGAGAUGGUGGGACGGGUCGCCCACAUGGCACAGUACAUGUAUCACCAGCCAAUGGCGUUCCGCCACGACGCAGCCUCCGCCGCCGCUGCCGCUGCCGCUGCUGCUGCCAUGCCAUACCCUUCGCCCAUAGACCUUCCCUACUAUCCCCGGCCCCACCGCGCAUCCCAACCCCCACCGGCGCCUUACCCCCUCCCUCCACAUGCUGCCGCCCACGCCGCCCAGGCUUCUCAUGCUGCCCAUGCCCAUGCUGCCCAAGCCGCCCACGCCGCCCAGGCCUCUCAUGCCUCUCACGCCGCCCAUGCGGCCGCUCUGUCCCUCGAUCCACACCAAGCCAAUGGGCCGCCGGCAUCUGCCAUGCACCCGAACCUUCUGCCGGGCCUGGGGUUACCGCCAGGCAUGGACCCAAACGCGUAUGGUAUGAUGCAGGCAGGCAUGGUGCCGGCAGGUAUGGUGGGGUCCAUGCCUGGUGCCGUACCUGGAGGUGAUGGCUCGGGAGGCAUGGGGGCACCUGGUUCGGAUUUGAACGUCCAGGUGGUGAGGGCUCUGGUGGGUACUGCUGAUGAUGCAGUUCUGGAUACCUUCUACGUCCAGAACGCUGCUGGUAACAAGAUCGAAGAUCCGGCUGAACUCGAUGUUCUGAGGAAGGCUCUCGAGGUUUUGGCUGUCCCCGUGGCGUCUCCGCCAGCUGUGCGUCCCUCUGCGGUGCAGGUUGAGAGUCCCGUAGUGGACCUCCGCAAGCGGCUCAAAGACGUGUAUCUGAGCAACGACGUGCUUUCCAUUCAGGAGAGCAUCGUGAACCACGUCGAAUACACUCUCGCCCGUGAUCGUCACCAUUUCGAUUCGUAUGAGUGCUACCAAGCAGUGGCUCACAGCGUGAGGGAUCGUCUGAUCGAGAGCUGGAAUGACACCAACGAGCACUUCCGUGCGGCUGACCCCAAGCGCGUCUACUACCUUUCCAUGGAAUUUCUCAUGGGUCGGUCGCUGCUUAACAGCCUCUACAAUCUCAACCUACAUGAUGUCUACGCUCAGGCUCUCUCACAGCUUGGGUACAAGCUGGAAGAUAUUGUGGAGCAGGAGCGUGAUGCUGCACUCGGCAACGGUGGUCUUGGAAGGCUCGCAGCCUGCUUCCUUGACAGCAUCGCCACCCUCGACCUACCCGGAUGGGGGUACGGCAUUCGCUACCAGUACGGCAUGUUCCGUCAGACCCUUGAAAAUGGGUUCCAGCACGAGCAGCCCGACUACUGGCUCACCUUCGGCAAUCCUUGGGAGAUUGAGCGGACUAACAUUUCAUACACUGUGAAGUUCUACGGCCACGUGGAGCAGUACACGGACAGCAGGGGCUACCAGCGCUUCAACUGGGUUCCCGGGGAGCAGGUCCAAGCUGUGGCGUACGACAACCCAGUGCCCGGCUACGGCACCAACAACACAAUCAACCUGCGCCUGUGGGCCGGCAAGCCCUCCACGGAGUUCGAUCUGCAGUCCUUCAACACCGGCGACUAUGUCGCUGCCAUUCUCUCCAAGCAGCGCGCGGAGUCCAUCAGCAGCGUGCUGUACCCCGACGAUCGCAAGCCGCAGGGCAAGGAGCUGCGGCUGAAGCAGCAGUUCUUCAUGGUGUCCGCCUCGCUGCAGGACAUCAUCCGCCGCUUCAAGCGUACCGAAACCGACUUCACCAAGCUCCCCGAGAAGGCGGCGAUGCAGCUGAACGACACGCAUCCGACGAUCAGCGUGGCGGAGCUGAUGCGGCUGCUGAUGGACGAGGAGGGGUUGGGGUGGACGCUGUCGUGGCAGAUCACGCAGAAGGUCUUCGCCUUCACCAACCACACCGUGCUGCCCGAAGCCCUCGAGAAGUGGCCCGUCAGCCUCAUGGAGAGCCUGCUGCCCCGCCACAUGCAGAUUAUCUACCAGAUCAACUUCGAGUUCAUGCAAAAGGUGAAGUCGCGCUUUGGCGACGACUUCUCGCGCUCGUCUCGCAUGUCCAUCAUCGAGGAGGGCGAUGUCAAGAACGUGCGCAUGGCGAAUCUGGCGAUCGUGGCGUCACAGUCUGUCAACGGCGUGGCGGCCAUUCACUCGGAGCUCAUCAAGCAAACCAUCUUCAAGGAAUUCUAUGAGCUCUGGCCCCAGAAGUUCCAGAAUAAGACAAAUGGAGUCACCCAGCGGCGCUGGCUGGCGUUCUGCAACCCGGGGCUGCGCGAUUUGGCGGACGAGGUGGUGGGAUCGGACGACUGGGUGUCGGACCUGGAGAAGAUCAGGGCGCUCAGGGGCAAGGCGGAAGACGCUGCCUUCCAGAAGCGCUGGAGAGAGGUGAAGCAGCAGAACAAGCAGAAGCUCGCAGAUGUCAUUCUCAAGCUCACUGGUGUCAAGGUGAGCACGGAGGCGCUGUUUGACAUUCAAGUGAAGCGCAUCCACGAGUACAAGAGGCAGCUGCUCAACGUGCUAUCUGUCAUCCACCGCUACGAAGAGAUCAAGCGCAUGUCAUCGGAGGACAAGUGCCGGGUGGUGCCGCGAGUGGUGCUGCUGGGCGGCAAGGCAGCGCCGGGGUACGAGAUGGCGAAGCGCAUCAUCAAGCUCAUCAGCGCCGUGGGGGAGAAGGUCAACAACGACCCCGCUGUGGGCGACCUGCUCAAGCUCGUCUUCCUGCCCGACUACAACGUCUCGCUCGCUGAGAUCAUCAUCCCCGCCAGCGACCUCUCGCAGCACAUCAGCACGGCGGGCACGGAGGCGAGUGGCACGUCCAACAUGAAGUUUGCCAUGAACGGGGGGCUUAUCAUUGGCACCAUGGAUGGUGCUAACGUGGAGAUUGCGGAGGAGAUCGGCGAGGAGAACAUGUUCAUCUUUGGAGUGCGAGAGCACGAGGUUUCGCGCCUGCGCCGCGAGCGGCCAGGCUACAACCCAGACGGUCGCUUUACCAACGCUGUCAACAUGAUCCGCAACGGCCAGUUUGGGUGGGUGGACUACUUCGCCCCGCUCGUGCAGUCCCUGGACGGCCCCAUGGGUGGUGACUUCUACCUCCUCGCCAACGACUUCCCCUCCUACCUCCAGGCCCAGGCUAAGGUGGACGAGACGUGGAGGAACAAGGGGCAGUGGGAGAAGAUGAGCAUUCUGAGCACAGCAGGCAUGAGCAAGUUCAGCAGUGAUCGCACGAUUGCCGAGUAUGCCAAGGACAUCUGGCACGUGCAGGCCUGCAAGCUUGACGUUGAGGCUGCUGCUGCUGCUAAGGAAGCCAAGAACAAGAAUGCCAACUGA